AUGGAUGAUCAGGCUUGUCCCCGGUGUAAAACCACGAAAUACAGGAAUCCCUCAUUGAAAUUGAUGGUAAAUGUAUGUGGUCACGCUUUGUGCGAAAGUUGCGUUGAUUUGCUGUUUCUGAAAGGUUCUGGCUCCUGCCCCGAUUGUAACGUACCAUUACGAAGAAACAACUUCAGGGUUCAACUUUUUGAAGAUGCCAUGGUAGAAAAAGAAAUCGACAUUCGUAAACGCGUUCUUAAAGAUUACAAUAAGAAAGAAGAAGACUUUGCAACUUUAAGAGAGUAUAACGACUAUUUGGAAGAAAUAGAAACGAUAAUAUACAAUUUGACUAAUAAUAUAGAUAUUGUAGGUACAAAUAAGAGGAUUGAACAAUAUAAAAAGGAUAAUAAGGAGUUGAUACUGAAAAAUAAGGUCAAAAUAGGUCGGGAAGAAUUAGAGCUAGAAGAAAUCCUAGAAAUCGAGAAACAAAUGGAAGAUUUACGGAGAUCAGAAAUAGCCCGUCUUGAGCAGGAAGCUAAAAAGCAAAAGAUUCGCGAAAAAGAAGCAUUCAUUGAUGAGCUUAUGUUUACUGAUGGAGAUGCUAAGGAUAUACUGAACAGUUUUGCUCAAACAAUUGCUAAUAAUAAGCAAGAAGAGAUAAUUCCCAAUAUCCCUAAGGCAACACAGUUUUCAACAGGUGUGAAAUUUGGCCGUACAAACAACCAGCAAGUAUUACCGAUUGUCGAAGAAGGUCCGCUAUACAAGUAUGAGCCACCAAUUAUACCUGAUAGAUGUGGCCCUGAAGCGCCUACACUUGAUGAUAUUGUUAACAAUGGAUACUUGCAACAUGUUAGGCAAGAAACUGAAACAGAGAAAGCCGGCGGCUAUUCUUCCACGCUGCCAUGUUUGCGCGCCUUGCAGGACGCUUUAGCGGGCCUAUAUCACGCCAGCUGACAAAGCGAGAUACCGGACGAAGUGAUAGAACUUGAGUAGUAGUAUAGGGCCUUUUUCUUUUCAAGUGUGUUUUGAUUAGCAUCUGCUCAAGUGAUCUGAAAGGACCACCAUCAUUUCAGCAAAACAUUACAAAAUUCAACUUAAAUGAUUGGGAUAAUGGCUCAUUUGUAUAAAAUUAUUACAAUGAUUGUUAUAGUUACGUUAAUGGAGACGCUACAUGUACCUGUUAUUUAAAAAGUGUUUUUAUUGUUACGUGAUGUGGGAUUUUUUUUGCAAAAACACACAGCACGUCACGACUUUCACGUAAAAUUGACAAUGUAUAGUUAAGAAAAAGGCUCGCAGUGACUACUCCCUUACUCUGGUUGUUGAAUAUAAACUUUUAUUCGCAUUAAUCUAUUAUUUGUAUUUUGAAAUGAUAAUUUUUACUACAUGGUAUGAUUAUUGCGGACUCGAUUUCGCUACAAUAACCAGGGUUCGGUUAUCACGAUCUUUUUUGAUCAUUAUCAUGAUAAUUUUAUCUGAUAAUUAUCCAUGUUCUUUCAUAGUUUUGUCUGUUUAAUUUUUGACUAAAAUUGACAACCAGUGAGAAAACUAAAUAAAUACGAAGAAAAAUCUUUGGGAAAACGAUUUAGUAAUUAUCAUUUCCUCUAUGAUGGCGACUAGCCUUGUGCCAGUGUCAGUUUUCAAAGAAUAAUACGAAAAUUAUGGCGAUCAUCGCCAGUGUCAGUGAAUAGAAAAACCAAGGAUUUAGUUCGUGAUUUCUUUUGAGCUUGACAUUUGAUACGUUUUUUUUGUUAGUUUAUCCUUCUAGGCAAAGGCAAAGGAGACUGAGUCCAUACAGCUAAUUGAUAUGUUUGAAGAUGUACCUGAUACAAAUACAUGGCACUACAUUGGGCCGUUUGUUGGUCGACAUUGCUAACUGUAGUAUUUUGUUGUUCCAACAAUUUUUUACAUGUCAAGGUAUAUAUAUCAAGAUAAUUAUCGUUAUAAUUAUCAAUGAUAAUUAUUAUUUUGAACCCCGGCAAUAAAGUUUCGAA